AUGUUUAGUCGUCUGUUAAAACCAAUUGUUAUUCCACCAUCACCAUUAACAUCAACAAUACGAUCAAAAUAUCUUCAACAGUUUCAUUUAUUAGUUGAUGUAACAAAAUAUGGAUUUAUGAAUGGUAUACAAGCAAAAAAUAUUCUUCAACAAACUGGAUUAUCACAAAUGUUACUUCAUCAAAUAGGGAAUUUAGCUGAUCAUGAUAAAGAUGAUCGUUUAACUCCGGAUGAAUUUGUUUUUGCAAUGCAUUAUUGUGAUAUUGAUGGAUAUAAAGAAUUACAACAACAUCGACAAUUAUUACGUGAACAAGAAAAACGUGUAGAAAGAGAACGUGAAGAACGAGAAUGUAAACGUGAAUUAGAAUUACAAAAACAAAAACAAAAAGAUAAUCAAAAACAUAAAAAACAAAUGGAAUUUGAAAGACAAUUAAAAAGAGAACGACAAAUGGAACAACCUAAAGAAGAAGAACGAAGAAAAUUAUUUGAACAACGAGAAACAGCAAGAAAAGAAAUUGAAUAUAAAAGUCGUCUUGAAUGGGAACGACAACAUAUGCAAGAAUUAACAACACAAUAA